GAAAAAUAUUUAUAACCUUCCAAAUUUUGAGAUUCCCAUACUCUCCUUAGCUGUCUCUCACUUCUCUCUGAAUAUAUAUUUUUCCCACAGUCGCCGGAAUCUUGUCCGUUACAGAAACCCCUACACCUACGGCCGUAAAUAGAAAAACGGAGAACUCUAAAUCUCCGUUCCCGAUGUCGUCGCCGCGCAUUCCCUUCGCCGUUUUUCUCGUGAUUGCUUCUUUACUAAUCUCCCCUUCACUAUCCCAAACAUGUUCGUCACAGAAAUUCACCAGCAACAAGGUUUAUGCUCGUUGCAGCGAUCUUCCGGCACUCAAAUCGUUCCUCCAUUGGACAUACAAUGCUGAAAACUCCACUCUUGAUGUUGCCUUUGUUGCUCCGCCGGACAAACCCGACGGGUGGAUUGCGUGGGCUAUUAACCCAAAGGAUACGGGCAUGGUCGGGGCCCAAACAUUGUUUGCGUUUAAAAAUUCCAAAGGCGAAAUGGUGGUUAAGACGUAUGAUCUUUCGAGUUAUACUUCUAUUAAGGAGUCGUCAAAGUUGUGGUUUGAUGUGAAAGAGUCCGCGGCGGAGUUCUCCGGCGGGUUGAUACGGUUGUUCGCGACGCUUGUGCUGCCGGAAAAGGGCAAAACGACGUUGAAUCAUGUGUGGCAGGUGGGACCCUCCGUUUCUAAUGGCUUUCCAGCUAAGCAUGAUUUUCAGCCAGCUAAUUUGAAUUCUAAAGGAACCCUUGAUUUGGUGAGUGGUGAAAGCAAAAGCGAUGCUUCUGGCGAUUCUAAGGUCAAGAGAAAAAAUAUCCAUGGAAUCCUUAAUGCUAUUAGUUGGGGUAUUCUGUUUCCAAUAGGGAUCAUCAUUGCAAGGUACUUGAGAACAUUCAAGUCUGCAGAUCCAGCUUGGUUUUAUCUUCAUGUUUCUUGCCAGUGUUCUGCUUAUAUUAUCGGGGUUGCUGGCUGGGCAACAGGUCUUAAGCUUGGAAGUGAAUCAAAGGGUAUCACAUAUGAUACUCAUCGUAAUAUUGGGAUUGCACUCUUCUCUCUCGCAACAUUGCAGGUUUUUGCCUUGUUACUGAGGCCCAAGAAGGACAAUAAGUACAGAUUUUACUGGAAUAUCUACCAUCAUGGAGUUGGCUAUACAAUGCUUGUCCUCAGCUUGAUUAAUGUGUUCAAAGGUCUUGACAUACUAGAUCCUGCGACUAAGUGGAGAUCUGCAUAUAUUGGUAUACUAGUGGUGUUAGGAGCAAUCGCCCUAUUGUUGGAAGUGAUUACCUGGAUUGUUGUGUUAAAGAGGAAAUCUAACAAAUCCACCAAACCAUAUGAUGGUUGAUUCUUACAUUGGCCGUGGGAGACUAUAACCCUGGCGUUCAUGAUCGGUUGCUAUUGUUAUCACUGCCCAUAUCAGUUAUAUAUAUAUAUUAGCUUGAAGAGAUUUUUUUUUAUCCCCUAGCUCUUAUGUUCUCCUCAUUGUACAAUGGCUUUGAAACUCAGUUCUUGUGUAUAAAUAUGUGACUUGACCACUUAA